GAGUUUUACCCGCGGUGCAAAAAGUUUGGAUUCCUCUGUCCUAGAGGGCGCUAGUCAGAAGGAGGAAAUGACCUCUACUUUGUGUGAUGACGUCACAAGGAUCCACACUCAUUCACAUGAGGAGCAGAAUGAGAGCAGAGCUCUGAGAAUUCGCAAGGAUUUUCUUUUUACUUGCAGAGUGUCGAACAAAGUAACUUGUUGAGUCCCACAAAACAACCUGAGUUCAACAGAUAGCCGACAUGUCAGAAGAGACGAGCUCACAGGACGGGAACGGCAAAGUCAGCCGGGUCAUCARGAUCGGAACUCGCAAAAGCCAGCUGGCGCGCAUCCAGACUGACAGUGUUGCUGACAAGCUGAAGGAGCUCUACCCGGAUUUCCACCUGGAAAUAGUUGCCAUGUCAACAACAGGAGAUAUAAUCCUUGACAGAGCUUUAUCAAAGAUUGGUGAGAAGAGUUUAUUCACCAAAGAGUUGGAGAACGCCCUGGAGAGGAAUGAGGUCGACCUUGUCGUUCACUCGCUGAAGGAUCUUCCCACCAGCCUGCCUGCAGGGUUCACCAUCGGAGCUGUGCUGAAGAGGGAAAACCCCCAUGAUGCAGUGGUGCUCCAUCCAAGCAACACAGGAAAAACUCUGGACACUCUUCCAGAGAAAAGUGUUAUUGGCACGAGUUCAUUACGCCGCGCUGCCCAGCUGAAGAAGAGGUUUCCCCAUCUGGAGUUCAAGGACAUUCGUGGGAACCUGAACACGCGUCUGAAGAAGCUGGAUGAGAAGGACGAUUUUGCUGCCAUCAUCCUGGCUGCUGCCGGCCUGCAGAGGAUGGGCUGGGAGAACCGAAUCAGCAUGAUCCUGGAGCCUGAAGACUGUAUGUAUGCUGUUGGACAGGGGGCUUUGGCAGUGGAGGUCCGGGCCAGAGAUACAGACAUCCUGGAGAUGGUGUCUGUCCUCCAUGACCCUGACACUGUGCUGCGCUGCAUUGCUGAGAGAGCUUUCCUCAAACAACUGGAGGGCGGGUGUAGUGUUCCUGUGGCUGUGCACACCAAGGUGAAGGACUCCCAGCUCUACAUGACCGGUGCCGUGUACAGUCUAGAUGGAUCACAGAGCAUCAAAGAAACCAUGCAGACCAGCAUCGCUCCCGGCGAUGAGCAGAGCCUGGAGAGGGUGGACGAGCAGGUCCAGAGAGUGGGAGUCACAGCCAUGAAAGUCCCAGCUGAAGCCCAGGAUGCGGCUGAGCGGCUGGGCAUCAAACUGGCUGAUUUACUACUAAGCAAAGGAGCCAAGGAGAUCCUGACAGUGGCCCGGCAGCUCAAUGACGCCAGAUAAUCCCACCCCCUAAACCCCCCUCCCCCAGGCCUCCAAUGGAAGGGACUGUGUCUGUUCAGUCUAACGCAACCUUGUUUCAAGUAAAACCACAACCUCAGUCUUAUGUGGUGCUAAUUUAAAGCCCAGUCGAUUAAGAAACAGUGUUGUGCAGACACUACUUCAACCAAAGUUGCGCUCAGAACAUUAGUUUGUCAGGAGUCCCUUCUGUUUGUGGGUCUUGGUUUGGGUGCUAGCCUGUACUUACCUCAGUGAACCAUCUCCUUAACCACACACACAUCAGCCCACUGGGAUGAUCUGGGAGGAACACAAACGGCCUUCAGCCCCUGCAUCACCGACUGAAACGAGUCCAGGACGUGUCACCAUCAUCCAAGUGACACAGAAAGGAAGAUCUUAUCUGCACUGUUAUUAAAAACMAAAACGCAUUCCCUUUUUAAAGCUUUCAUAAUGCAUGUUCUGAAUGUGCAUGAUUUUCACGACAUGCAUCCUACCUCUAUAAGAGAUUAAAUGUAAGCUGGAAGGAAAUGUUGAGUCCAAUGCUGCCCGUACCAGAACUGGAGAGUGAGGCUGGGAUCUGCACAACUCUGCACUGAACCAGACAUUUUCGCGCUUGAAGCUGUAGCUUCAAAACCGUUCCUGCAGUUCAGUUUUCUGUUCUUUUCAAAUAGAGAUGUUUUAAGUUUUACUUACAAUGUGAAAAAUGUUUGCAUGAAUAGAAAAUGGCUGGCAAGAGCAGGUGAUUAGAACUGCGUUCGCACAAACAUUUGAAUAUGUGUGUCUGAAAUUACGUGUCUAUUUCAGCCUCACUGAGGUUCCUCUGAUGCGUGAGGCUCAGGCUGCUCUGAGGGUCUGGCGGGAUCAUAGCGAUGGUCUUUUCCCAUAAAUUUGAGACUAGAAUUCUUUCCUUAUCUAUCUGCUUUUUACAAAAACAUAAAGCAAAAAUUGUUA